UCUAUCUAUCCACCCCUCCCGCAUGACUGGGCUGGGCUCCGGCUGCCUCUCCAGCCAGAGGCAGCGUUGGUAACUUUCCCCUUGAACAGUGCAGACGGAGGCACGCACAGCCAGCCCCAGUAUGUCAGAGACCUCCGGCCCCGCAGAAACCCCCAGCACAGAGGGACAAGACGCCCCUACAGAAGAGCCACCCUGUGCUGAGCUGAAAGCCACCUCUGAGAAAUGUGUUAAAGAAAAAGGGGAAGAGGCAUGCAAGGAGAUACUGGAGGCAUACCAUUCUUGUCUGAGAGCACUGGGCAUGGCCCACCCAGAUCUAGCAACUAGUCCCUCGCUACCAAGUCAAUGAGAAUCUUAUCCGGCCAAGUCUCGGGGUUUCUCACAGCACUCUGUGGCUCUCCAGGAGCAAAGAUCCAGGGCGGAUUCUGCCCAGAACUAAAGACAACUGUACCUGAAGGUAUGGGAGCAAGUGUUCCCAAGUGUAAUAAAGACCUUGUGUUUUA